AUGGCGGCCCUGGCCUACACCCUAGGCAAGCGGGAGAUCAACCACUACUUCAGCGUGAGGAGCGCCAAGGCGCUGGCGCUGGGCGCCGUCCUGCUGCUCGCCGCCUGCCACGCCGCCUUCCGCCGCUACCGAGGUGAUGAUACAUGUGAAUAUCUUCUCUCCAGUGGGAGAUUUCUUGGGGGAAAAGUAUGGCAGCCCCACAGUUGUAUGAUGCAUAAAUAUAAAAAUAGUGAAGCAAAAAACUGCCUCCUAGACAAACAUAUUGCAUUUAUAGGAGAUUCCAGAAUUCGCCAGUUGUUUUAUUCUUUUGUAAAACUCAUAAAUCCUCAAGUCAAGGAAGAAGGAAACAAGCAUGGAAACAUUCUUUUUGAAGACAAAUCUGCAUCAAUUAAAGUGGAUUUCCUAUGGUAUCCAGAAAUUAAUGGCUCUAUGAAGCAACGUAUCAAAUCUUGGACUGAGGGUUCUAUUGCAAAACCUCAUGUAAUUGUAGCAGGAGCUGCUACGUGGUCUAUCAAGAUUCACAAUGGCAGCAAUGAAGCACUCAUGCAAUAUAAAAUCAAUAUCACUUCAAUAGCACCUCUUUUGGAAAAAUUAGCAGAGAGUAGUGAUGUAUACUGGGUCUUACAAGAUCCUGUUUAUGAAGAUAUGUUGAGUGACAGUAGGAAAAUGAUCACUAAUGAGAAAAUAGAUGCUUACAAUGAAGCUGCAAUCAGUAUUCUGAACAGCAGCUCCAGAAAUUCCAAAGCUAAAGUUAAAGUGUUCAGCGUUUCUAAACUCAUAGCACAAGAAACUAUCAUGCAAUCUUCAGAUGGCCUGCAUCUCCCAGAAUCAAGCAGAGAAACAAGUGCAAUGAUUCUUAUGAACGUCUACUGCAAUAAGAUUCUGAAGCCCAUUGAUGGUUCCUGUUGCCAGCCUCAGCCUCCUCUCACUCUGAUACAGAAGCUAGCUUUUUGCUUUUUUGCUUUGUCCAUUAUUGGAUAUUUAAUUCUCAGUUUUAUUUAUCGUAAUAAUCAUCGAAAAAACAAGCCAUGCACCGAUAUGGAAAGUGGAGAGGAGAAAAAACCUGUCACCAAUACAUCUCCUGUUUCUACUCUAGAGACACUGUUAUACUCCUUCUUCAAGCUGGGUCUAAUCAUGGCCUAUUUCUAUCUGUGUGACAGAGCAAAUCUAUUCAUGAAGGAAAACAAAUUUUAUACACAUUCAUCUUUCUUCAUACCAAUAAUCUACAUCCUGGUUUUAGGGGUAUUUUAUACCGAAAACACCAAAGAGACUAAGAUGUUAAAUAGAGAGCAGACAGAUGAAUGGAAAGGCUGGAUGCAGCUUGUUAUUUUGAUUUAUCAUAUCUCUGGAGCAAGCACUUUUUUGCCUGUGUAUAUGCACGUUCGGGUUCUGGUUGCUGCAUAUCUGUUCCAAACAGGUUAUGGGCAUUUUUCAUACUUUUGGAUCAAAGGAGACUUUGGAUUGUAUAGAGUGUGUCAGGUUUUAUUUCGUCUCAAUUUCCUGGUUGUGGUGUUAUGUAUAGUGAUGGAUCGACCUUACCAAUUUUACUACUUUGUUCCACUAGUCACUGUCUGGUUUAUGAUCAUCUAUGCUACAUUAGCUGUAUGGCCUCAGAUAGUCCAGAAGAAAGCAAAUGGGAACUGCUUCUGGCACUUUGGCUUACUGCUGAAACUAAUUUCCUUACUUAUGUGUAUAUAUUUUCUAGCAAAUUCUCAGGGUGUAUUUGAGAAGAUUUUUUCUCUUUGGCCAUUGUCCACAUGUUUUGAGCUGAAUGGAAAUGUCUAUGAAUGGUGGUUUAGGUGGAAGUUAGACCGCUAUGUAGUCUUUCAUGGGAUGAUGUUCGCUUUUAUUUAUCUGGCAUUACAAAAACGUCAGGUGCUUUCGGAAGGGAAAGGAGAGCCUCUCUUCUCCAACAAAAUUUCAAAUGUUUUACUAUUUAUUUCUGUAGUUUGCUUUUUGACCUACUCUAUCUGGGCUAGUAGCUGUAAAAACAAAACUGAGUGCAAUGAACUGCAUCCUUCUGUUUCUGUGGUGCAGAUUUUAGCUUUCAUCCUCAUCAGGAACAUUCCUGGAUAUGCCCGUUCUGUAUACAGUUCAUUUUUUGCCUGGUUUGGCAGAAUUUCUUUAGAGCUGUUCAUCUGCCAAUACCACAUCUGGCUAGCAGCAGAUACAAAGGGGAUCUUGGUGCUCAUUCCUGGAAAUCCAAUGCUCAACAUAAUUGUCAGCACUUUUAUAUUUGUGUGUGUGGCACAUGAAAUUUCUCAGAUCACUAAUGAUCUAGCACAGAUGGUUGUUCCUAAAGAUAAUACGACUCUGCUUAGAAGGCUGCUAUGUAUAGCUGGGUUUUUUUCUGGACUCCUCUUUUUGGCAGCAAUUCAAGAUCAAUCAAGGCAUUAACUUCAAGAAGUCCUUAAAACUUCCUUCAGGCUUACUUUGUGUCUGCCUGACGAAAAAUAUUUAACUGGAGAUACAAAAAACG